GCGCCCGGCGGGCGGUGGGGGGGGCGCCCCCAAGAUGGCGGAUCAGAUCCCGCUGCGCCCCGUGCCGCGCAGCGCCCAGCGCAGGGCGGCCUAUUACAGCAGCGCCGCCGCAGCGCAGCGGCACAGCAGAUACCAAGUGGAAGAUGAAUCCUCUCAUUUGGAUGAAAUGCCACUGAUGAUGUCAGAAGAAGGCUUUGAAAAUGAUGAGAGUGAUUACCAUACUUUACCAAGAGCCAGAACUUCUCAGAGAAGAAGAGGCUUAGAGUGGUUUAUCUGUGGUGGCUGGAAGUUCCUUUGCACUAGUUGUUCUGAUUGGCUCAUAAACAUUUGUCGAAGAAAGAAAGACCUGAAGGCUCGCACAGUGUGGCUUGGGUGUCCUGAAAAGUGUGAAGAAAAAUACCCUAAAAAUGCCAUAAAAAAUCAAAAGUACAACUUCUUUACCUUUAUACCUGGGGUUUUAUAUGAACAGUUCAAGUUUUUCUUGAAUCUCUAUUUUCUCAUCGUGUCCUGCUCACAGUUUGUACCAGCACUGAAAAUAGGCUACCUGUACACGUACUGGGCUCCUCUGGGAUUUGUUUUGACGGUCACAGUGGUACGGGAAGCUGUUGAUGAAUUUCGACGUUACAAGAGAGACAAAGAAAUGAACUCACAGUUGUAUAGCAAGCUGACAGUACGAGGUAAAGUGCAAGUUAAGAGUUCAGACAUACAAGUUGGAGACCUCAUCAUAGUGGAAAAGAAUCAACGAAUCCCAUCUGACAUGGUGUUUCUUAGAACCUCAGAAAAAACAGGUUCAUGUUUCAUUCGAACUGACCAGCUGGAUGGGGAAACAGACUGGAAACUGAAGGUUGCUGUCAGUUGCACACAAAGAUUGCCGGCUUUGGGGGAUCUCUUUUCAAUCAAUGCUUAUGUUUAUGCUCAGAAGCCACAGCUGGAUAUCCACAGUUUUGAGGGCACCUUCACACGGGUAAGCAGUCCACGUAAAUACACGUUCUACUUUCCUCUUGAAUACCUCAGUCCUACAGGAAGUGUCGACAUUGUAUCAGAUAUUUCCAUGUCUUUUUUUCCUAUCUUCCUGCCAUGCAAUACCUCAUAUAGGAGUAAUGAAACAUGUAUUGCAGAAAACGUUGGCUUGCUGGACCUGGAGCUGAAUCAACUGACCAAAGCCCUGUUUUUGGCUUUAGUUGCACUAUCAGUUGUUAUGGUAACUUUGCAAGGAUUUGUAGGCCCGUGGUAUCGCAACCUUUUCCGGUUCCUCCUCCUGUUUUCCUAUAUCAUCCCAAUCAGUUUGCGUGUCAACUUGGACAUGGGUAAGGCAGCCUAUGGGUGGAUGAUUAUGAAAGAUGACAAUAUUCCUGGAACAGUUGUUCGAACUAGCACCAUACCAGAAGAGUUGGGACGAUUAGUUUAUUUACUAACGGAUAAAACAGGAACACUUACACAGAAUGAGAUGAUAUUUAAGCGCCUCCACCUAGGUACUGUUUCCUAUGGAACAGACACAAUGGAUGAAAUACAGAGUCAUAUUAUAAACUCUUACUCACAGGUCCACUCUCAGAACAGUGGGAACAGUACAAGUUCAACACCAUCCAGGAAACCUCAAUCAUCUGCGCCCAAAGUCCGGAAGAGCGUCAGCAGUCGGAUACAUGAAGCAGUGAAGGCCAUUGCACUCUGCCACAAUGUGACCCCCGUGUAUGAAUCCCGGGCUGGUGUGUCUGGAGAGACAGAAUAUGCAGAAGUGGAUCAGGACUUCAGCGAUGAAAAUCGAACUUACCAGGCUUCCAGCCCUGAUGAGGUAGCUCUGGUGCAGUGGACAGAGAGUGUGGGUCUCACUCUGGUUAACCGGGAUCUGACCUCUAUGCAGCUGAAGACCCCUGGUGGACACAUCCUGACAUACUACAUCCUGCAAAUCUUCCCCUUCACCUCCGAAAGCAAGCGCAUGGGCAUCAUAGUUAGGGAUGAAUCUUCGGGAGAAAUUACAUUUUACAUGAAGGGUGCAGAUGUUGCCAUGUCCACUAUUGUACAGUACAAUGAUUGGUUAGAAGAAGAGUGUGGUAAUAUGGCACGAGAAGGAUUGCGCACACUGGUUGUUGCCAAAAAAUCACUUACUGAAGAACAGUAUCAAGAUUUUGAGAAUCGGUAUAACCAAGCAAAGUUAAGCAUACAUGAUAGAAACCUGAAGGUUGCCGCUGUUGUAGAGAGUUUGGAGCGAGAAAUGGAAUUACUGUGUCUCACUGGAGUAGAAGAUCAGCUGCAAGCAGAUGUUAGACCAACUCUAGAGAUGCUAAGGAAUGCUGGAAUAAAGAUAUGGAUGUUAACAGGAGAUAAACUGGAGACAGCAACUUGCAUUGCAAAAAGUUCUCACUUAGUGUCUAGAAAUCAAGAUAUUCAUAUUUUCAGACCUGUUGCCACUCGAGGAGAGGCUCACUUAGAACUAAAUGCUUUUAGGAGGAAGCAUGACUGUGCCUUGGUGAUAUCUGGGGACUCACUUGAGGUUUGCCUGAAGUAUUACGAGCAUGAAUUUGUAGAGCUGGCUUGUCAGUGUCCUGCUGUAGUGUGCUGCCGAUGUUCUCCCACCCAGAAAGCGCACAUUGUGAAACUGUUACAGCAUCACACUGGGAAACGCACAUGUGCAAUAGGUGAUGGAGGAAAUGAUGUCAGCAUGAUCCAAGCAGCAGACUGUGGAAUUGGAAUUGAAGGCAAGGAGGGAAAACAAGCUUCUCUAGCAGCUGACUUUUCUAUCACACAGUUUAAACACAUAGGUAGGCUAUUGAUGGUACAUGGUCGAAACAGUUACAAAAGAUCAGCAGCGCUUGGUCAAUUUGUCAUGCACCGAGGCCUUAUUAUUUCAACUAUGCAGGCUGUAUUUUCAUCAGUCUUCUACUUUGCAUCUGUUCCCUUGUACCAAGGAUUCCUAAUGGUAGGGUAUGCAACCAUAUAUACUAUGUUUCCAGUCUUCUCUCUAGUAUUGGAUCAAGAUGUGAAGCCAGAAAUGGCAUUGCUAUAUCCAGAACUUUAUAAGGAUCUCACAAAGGGAAGAUCUUUGUCGUUUAAGACUUUCCUCAUCUGGGUUUUAAUCAGUAUUUACCAAGGUGGUAUUCUGAUGUAUGGAGCCCUGCUGCUUUUUGAAUCAGAAUUUGUGCACGUUGUUGCCAUUUCCUUCACUGCCCUCAUCUUGACUGAGCUCUUGAUGGUUGCACUGACCAUACGAACAUGGCACUGGUUAAUGGUGGUGGCUGAAUUCCUCAGUCUCGGCUGCUAUGUGGCCUCUCUUGCAUUUCUAAAUGAAUACUUUGGUAUAGGCAGAGUGUCUUUUGGAGCUUUCUUAGAUGUUGCCUUUAUCACAACUGUGACCUUCCUGUGGAAAGUGUCAGCAAUCACUGUUGUAAGCUGUCUUCCACUUUACAUUCUCAAGUACUUGAAGCGCAAGUUCUCUCCUCCAAGUUACUCCAAGCUUACCUCGUAAAAGUGAUUAUAUUCCUAUGGGUUUUCACUCACCAGUUUGCAGAUUGCAUAUUCACUGUGCUUUAGUGUCUGUGGAUUCAUGCUGGACUAAAGAAACUUAAAGAAAAAUCAAAUGGGAUAGCGUGAAUAGGGCACAAAAAGAAGAGGAGACAUCUGACAGAUACAAUAACACAGAAGUACACUAACAGCUAUCAGAGAUAAACUAAAUUCUCUUCGUGUUGAUUUUCUUUUUUUUUUUUUUUUCUUUCAGUUGUUAUGAUUAUAAAAUAAAACCAAAUUACCUUUGAUUUGACAAUGCUUCUGAAUGGUUUCAUUGCCACAGUAAAGGAUUUUUUGUUACUGUAAAGGAUUUUUUCCAACUAUGUUUAUCUCCUGCAAGUUAAAUUGAAAGUUUUGUUAUAUAUUACAUAAAAUUCUGGUUUACAUUAUUGUAUAACUUCCUACUUCAAGCUCUUUCUUUUACUGUUUAUAUAUGGAAAAGUUCAUUCAUCCAUACUUACUCUAACAAACCUAAUACCUGUAAAUGCCCGUGUCUGUAUUAGCAGCUAUUAUUCCUCAUCAGACAUUGAUUAAUAUGCACUAUUGGAAUUAUGUACUGAUGUCUGCAUAGCACAGUAUUAUUUUAGGAGCUGUUUCUGUAUUCUCCAUUUCUGGCACCUGUAAAUUACAGAUGUGUGAUGUUGACAGCGGUUCUUUAAAUGCACAUUACAGUCAGGUUGCACAAAAGCUGUUUAAAAAUUAAAUUAUAAAUUCUGUACAUAAUUCCACAGCACCUGUUGAUCUGUACAGAUAUCAAAACAUGGCUGCUCAGUAAAUAUGUUUUAAAAUUCUUAUUCAUUUUGUAUUUGUAAAACUGCAAAUAGUGUCAAAGUACAUUUCUAUAUAUGAGAAGUCCAGUAAACCUUGUAUUAGCUAAUAUGUUUAAAUUGCCUUGUAAUCUGUUUACUUAGGUUACUCAGGUAAAAGAAAGUAAGAGGAACACAUGAACAUCAUGGUAGGAAAAUCAAUCAUCUUCCAAGUUGUAAAUGUUAUGUUUUUAUAACUUAGUUGGGUGCAAACUUGUCAAAAAAAAUCAGAACAUUUUUGCUUGUAAGCUGUCAGAGUUGAGUGUCUUGGCUGAGUUAUGACACUUUAUAGCCGCUGAAGAUUUAUUCCUGGAACUCAAAUACUCUGAUGCAAUCUGAGGGGUCCAAAUCUUGCACAUUGUACUGGCAAGUAGGAUAUAUUAAUUUUCCAUUGUGAUAUAACUUUGCUUUCUCACGAAGUACAUAUAAUGAAUUUGGCAUAGUUAGUUAAUCAGUGGAAAGGAACAACAUAACUAUUCAUGCUUUCUUUAUUAAAUAUUUAUAUGUGUGUUUUUAAAAGCCACUUAAUAUAGAUGUCAUUUUUAUGUUCAACUGUAUGCCUUUACAACAUGAUUCCUCUUUUAGUCUCUUUUCCCUUAUGCCAUUAUUACUCUGGAUGAGGAAUAUUUAAUUGAUAAUUAUAACUACUUCCUGGGAGAGCAGAGGAAAUGGCUGCAGAGCUAUUUGGAUUCUACCCCACUCCAUUAAUUUUUGUUUUCAAAGGUUUUCUAACUAGCUAUUUAUCUGCUUUUUUUAAUUUUCAUUCCUCAUUAUAAAAGCAAUAAAGCCUAAUUUCUACCAAAUAUUAGUGGUACAUGUAUUAAAUAAACUACCGAGGUAGAGUUUCCUUUAAUUACCUGACGUCACAGACUAGUUUGCCCUGUCCCUCUGUGAACUCACUUCUGUAAAUCCCCACAAGAUGUCACUGUUCUUGCAUAUUAGCAGGAGCCUUUCUGCAUUCAGUGUGGUUUUGCCAAGAUGGUCCUGAUUUACAUUUUUAGUUUAAUUCUGUGGUAUUUUUGUCACUGAUUUGCUUUAGUUUUUUGUUUUCCCCAAUAAGUGGUGAUUACUUUCAAACAAUUAAGAAAUGUCUCCAGUGU